AUGAAUAAAUUACUUGUCGUUAUGUUAAUAGUGUUAAUGAUAUUGAAAAAAAGUGAAACAAAAAAUUCUUCAUAUAAACUAAUUUGUUCAAAUGAUAAAACAUGUAAUUUACCAAAUGGCUAUUGUUUAUUAAAUGAAUGUAUUUGUUCAAAAGGAUGGAUUACAACUGAUUUAUCUACAGGAUGUACUUAUCAACAAAAACUAAAAUUAACUGCUUUUCUUCUUUCUUUUUUUGUUGGUUUUUUUGGUGUUGAUUGGUUUUAUUUAAGUGUUUCAAAUCCUGCUUAUAUCAUAGCUGGUAUUAUUAAAUUAAUUACACUUGGAGGUUUUGGCAUAUGGUGGAUUGUCGAUUGGAUUAGAUUAUUAGCUGAUGCUUUUUUAGAUGGAAAUGGCUUUCCUUUAUUAGAUUGGAAUUAUAACUAA